GGAGCAGGGCUUUCCAGACUGCAGCCUGGCACUACCCCUCACCUGUGAGCCUGGCACUGCCAGCUGCCUCCACUCCUCUGCAACCAGUGCCUGGUGGACCCUACAUGGCCUGGGGUUGUCUGCAGCCCGAGACACCUAGAAGAGAGGCUCUCCGGGGGGCUGGGAGGCUGGAUGCUACAGCGGCCGUUCCUAAUUAUCUCCUAUCCCCAGUGGUUUGUGAAUAAUCACCGCUGAGAAGCAUUGAAGGGGUCGUCGCCGAGGAGGAUGAAAAAUAUGAUUUGCGCCAUUUUUCACGUCUAAGGACAUAACCUGGUCACUGUGCUGUGUUGGACGGCGAGGAGACAUCUCAGAUAACAAGAGCAAGUCAUGCAGUCUUUUCGGGAAAGGUGUGGUUUCCACGGCAACCAGCAGAACUACCAACCAUCUUCACAGGAUUCCUCACGCCUGGAGAAUUAUAGGCAUCAAAGUCACCCGGGGCUCAACUGUGUGCGUCAGAGACAGAUGACCAAAGGGUACUAUGCCCAGACGUCCUAUCAAGGUUACGAGAACAAUACUGGGGAGAAAUACCCCCGUGGUGACAAGCACAUGAAUGUCCAACAGCUUCAAGGCAGGGUCUCUUUUGCUACUUUCCCUGAGGGCAAUGUGUAUCCUGGACAGUAUUCUGGAGAAGAUGGGAUGCAAAAUUGGGGGCAAUCUCAGGCUUUGAGUGGGGCAAAAUAUGAGGAAAACGUAAUAAAGAAGACCCCUGGAGAAAACAGGGGGUAUCAAGAUCCAACUGGACAAAUACAAUUCCGUUCCCACUCUCUACACCUCCCCCAGCAACCAAACCUUCCUUACACUAAGCUUCCACAGCAGAAGGUCCAGAAUGAUGUCCCAUCUUCCCCGCUGCCUUUUUCCCAGUCAUCCCACUUCAGCCAAAAUUUUCCAACUUCCACAUACUCUUCCGUGCCAGGGAACAGCCCAGUAUCUCAUUCCUUCAAAAGUUGCACAUCCCCUUCCAACCCUCCACAUGAACAUGCUAUGGCUACUGCCGGCCAACGGGUGCAAUCCCUGCAUGGCUACCAGUCAUCAAGAAUGGCUUCCUUUGAGCAAACGCAGCGCCAACAUGCACAGGAAACUUUGCACUACCAGAACAUGACUAAGUACCAUGGGCAACAUUACAGCCAACAAGGCCAAGCAUAUUGUCAACCUGAGACUCCCAGUAGAACUCCAGAGCAGUAUUAUCAAACCUUCAGUCCAAGUGCCAGCCAUUCUCCAGCCCGCUCUGUGGGCAGAUCCCCAUCUUAUAGUUCCACUCCCUCUCCACUAAUGCCAAACAUUGAGAACUUUCAAUACAACCAGCAACAACAUAACGCUAAUACAUUCCCUAUGGGUAUUUCUGAUCACAGCCACUACAUGCCUCUCCUCAAUCCUUCACCUACGGGCACCUCCAGUCCAGAGUCUCAAACAAAAGGUUUGCAGAAUGACAAAAUUCCAGAGACCUUGCUAUCUGACCUCAGUUUGCAAAGCCUUACAGCUCUCACUUCACAAGUAGAGAACAUCUCAACAACUGUUCAGCAACUUCUUAUGACCAAGUCUGGAAUUCCACAGAAGAAAGCGAUUAAGACUUCUCCAAGGACCCCUGAGCAAAUGAAAGGACAUCAUUGCAGUUCAGAGAGUAGUGCUUACUCAUCUGAACCAAUGGGGACACCUCUUUCAGAAACCCUUGGUACUCCACAAUCUGUCCAUGCCGAGGUCCAAGAUACAGACUACCUUAGCGGUUCUGAUGACCAGCUAGAGAGGAAUUACUUGUAUUGUGGUCCAGGACGAAGCACAGCCAGGGCCAACAGUACCAAAAUGAAGCCAGAAUCCAUCUCCACAUGUUCUGUGACAUCGCCUGACAACAUGUCUACAAAGUCUGAUGAUUCAUUUCAGAGCAUCAACGCCAAUCUCCCAUUGGAGACUUUUGCAAAACUGGUGAGCAGCGAAAGAGAGUGUCCACACUUACUGGUUAAUGCUUUGUCCCAAGAGGAGUUGUCUACAGAAAUCAUUGCUCUACAAGAUGCCAUUGAUAAUGAGAAAGCAGAAAAAGCUUGGGUCGAUUCUCCGGAAUUGGAUAAUAAUUCACCAAAAUCCCCAUUCAACUUAGAAAAUCAUACUUGCGUGGAAUCAGUGGUCAAAAACACGUGGUCAGAUCAGGAGAAUGUACAGAUAUUUUCAGAAGCUUUGAAGAAAGGUGCACCAGAAAAAACUCAUGAUAACUUUAAUGAAGACUAUUACGAAAAAAAAGAAUUUCAAUCACCUACUGAAAAGGUUGUCGAAGAAAACACAGAAAAUUCUAAAGGUUUGGGCACAGAGAAGAAUGUGGAACCAGUGACAUCUAGCGCUAGCUAUACCAGUUACUCAAAUACACUGGCAAAUUGCGCAAGAAAUUCUGAUCCCUUUGACUGGCCAGAUAAAAACAUGACCGAGUCUUGCCUUCGGUGGAAAGAAAUUGAGCUAACUCUUCAUUCUACUGAUCUCCAAAAAGGUUUGUUUCAAAGCAAGGAAAGUAAAGUUGAUAGUCAGCCUGAUGUUCCUGAUAUGGAGACACCCCUGGAAAACGACUCUGGGGAGGAGUUCAAUAAAGAGGGGGCUGAAGAGAUGGCGUACCAAGAAGACAGCAAAGAAGACAAUGUUAAGUGGUUGGAAGACACUAGGGACUGCUACACUGAAGAGGAUUUCCAAGACAUACCCGAUCUUCCCUCCCAGAAAGAAUCAAAUCUAGAACCAGAAGACUAUUCCUCAUUCUGUGACUUCUCUGAAAGAAAAUCUUUCAUUUAUGAUGAAUCUAUUACAAAACCGGCCAGAGGUUCUGAAGCAUUAUCUUCCAUUGAUACACCAGAGUCCUUAGAAAAUCCAAGCACCGAAGAAAAGGAGAAUUUGGUGGCAUCAUCACAUUUGUCAUGUAAUUCUAUCAUGUUGCUCGGUCCUGCCGUUGAAACAGAGUCGAAAGUGAAAAGCUGGUUUGAAUCCACAAUACCGCACAUUGACGACACAAAAGAAAAAGUUGAAGAAGACAUCGAAGACAGUGUGCUAGAAUCAGGAGCCAUUCAAGAAGCAGAAGAAAAAAAACCUGAAACAAUAAAUAAUCAGCCAACUCCAAAAACUGAAGAAGUCACUGAAAAGAAAUCUCUGAGAGGUCGAAGGAGUCAAUGCAAAAUUGCUGAAAGUUCUGUGCUCCUGUCUAGUGCUCCUGUCCAGACUCUGACAGAUCUAAAUAGUAAAUCUGUGACCAAAAUCACUCCAGCAAGGAUGUGCACCCGUUCCACUACCGCCAAGGUAGAACCUCAAGGAUGUGGAACUAGUAUAAAGACACCUCUUCAAGAGAAGAUGACUAAGAAAGGAGCAUUUGGUGAAAAGGAGAGGGCCCCAUAUAAAACUGGUAGGAGAGGUGGGAAAAAUGCCCUGAAAAUAGCACCAGCACCUAAUGACGAAAAUGUGUUCCUUCUGCAAAAUAACUCGCCAACAGUUCUUGACAGCACUCAGAAAUCAAAUAAAAAUGGCUUCAGUAUUCUGAGGGAUGAGCGAUCUAUGAUUCUAAGGUCAAGAAGCAAGAAGCAGGAGCUCUUCCCAGCAAAGAGAAGAAGAGGAAAGAAGGGAAUGAACUUUGUCCUGAAGAAGCGUUCAUACUUAAAGAAAAUAAUCGCCAACAAUUGCUCUGCUGGGGAUACAUUUCAGAUGAUACCAAAAAUCAGGAAAAGGAUGAAGCUCUCAGACACAGCAGUGGGAAUAAAUGUAAAAAAUUCAGAACGGCCUUUGCAUUCUCUGAAGAGGAAGUCAAGCUUAAUUUCUCCGAUUCCGGCCAAAAAGCGAAACCUGAUCAUACGUGGCAAAAAGACUAAAGAGCCAAAGUCAGAGGCCCCUCCCAAAUUAUUCAAAAAAAUGAAGCCAGUCAAAAAAGAGAAGGUCAAGUUAGCAAUAACUUCGAAGAAGAACUGUAAGGUUAUCCUAAGUCCCCCUUCUGUCCGAAUAACCCAAGAUGUUUGCCUGAAGGUGACCUCACGCGCAUCAUAUCAUGGGCCAAUGAAGACAAAGGUCUUGCCUCCGAGAAAGGGCAGAGGUUUGAAAAUGGAAGCCAUAGUUCAAAAAAUUACAUCGCCAAACCAAAAGAAACAAGGUGCUGCCAUGGCAGGAACAACACAUGUUUUAGCUAUUAACAGCAGUAGUGUUGCCCAAGGAAGGGAAAAUAAAGAUGGCACCUUACUAGGGGCAGAUGCCAACACCAAGGUAAUGGUUCAUGAUCUGAGCCGUACUGAAUCUUCGAAGCUGAAGAAUGAACAACAUAAUGGGAAUUGUCAUGGGUCAAGCAACAAGACUCCUCUCAAAGGAAAACCCUUCUACAAGAAGAAAGGAGCUCCAAAGCUACAUGGAGAGGCUGGCUUACGGAAUAGGGCCAAGAGACAAGCCAACUGUCUAGGUUCGAAAAAGCCUAGUUCUAUCCCCAAAAAGAAGUUUAGAAGAGGUAGAUCCAAAAGUUCUCCGAGCACUUCUAAAGUGACAGUAAAGAAGUUGCUUGGUUCCUCUCCAUCUGUGCCUCUUACGUCUAAAAAUAAAGCUCUAUCGGACAAUGUUCUCUUGACCAAUAAGUCUCGCUCAAGUGAGUGCAAACAGGUGAGGGCCAAAGAGAUCUCCAUUCUCCCUGAGACAUCUGGGGACGUCUUGUCCCAAACCAGAACUAGGAAAAAAUCUAAGAAUCCAGUCUUCAAUGGCUACACCAAGAGGCAACGUAAGUGUUCUCCUCGAAGCAGGUCCACCAGCCAAGCUCCUGGAACCAAGCGAAGGUCAAAGAGGCAAAACAUUCCUCUUGUUACACCCAAAGAGCCGGAAAUUAAAUUGAAGUAUGUGUCCUCUAAACCGGCCCGGGCUGAAAGCAGAGUCCAACUCUUCUCCCCAUAUAUUCAGGUGGAGAAAAAAAAUGCUUUCACUACUACUUGUACCAUCGUCAAUUCUGCUGGCGACGAAAUGAGAUUAUUGAAGGAGAGAAGUACAGUCCACUCUUCGUCUCCGGUCACAUUUUCUAGCCAAGGUUCGAUACCUCUUUCUUCUAGGAUGCAGUUGGGACCUCUCAUCUGCAAGUCGGUGAGCUCCGGUUGUCUUCUCUGUUGCCUGUGCCGUUGCCCUGCCAACUAUAAAGACUUGGGUGAUCUUUGCGGCCCAUAUUACCCCAUGGACUGUUUACCUAACAAGAAACCCCGGCCGAAAGAUAAAGUCAAACCAGAGGACACGUCGACAGAGAAGCCCUCCAAGACGGUAGAACCUCUUUGCACAGCAGUGAGCGGGAGGACGUCUUGCACGGACAGUGGAGCCACUGAGCCAGUCAAACACAGUAGUCUCCGUUCUAGCACCCGUGCAUUGCUCAGGAAGCUGCCCAGCUGUUACUGCUGUAAUAAAAAGGCAGAGGGGACAGACGCUGAAAAGCCCAAGAGGCACCAUUGCACCAAAAGCUCUGAGUCUCAUUCACUGGAAGUAGAGACAAAGGAGCACUGGGUCCAUGAAGCUUGUGCGGUGUGGACCAGCGGAGUUUACCUAGUGGCUGGAAAACUUUAUGGUGUCCAUGAAGCUAUACAGAUGGCAGCUUCAGGACUCUGUCCCAGGUGUCAAAAGCCAGGAGCGACUGUGGGCUGCAGUCACAAGGGAUGCACACAGACCUACCACUACACGUGCGCAACGGAGGCAGGUUGCUUGUUAAAUGAAGAGAACUUCUCAUUAAGAUGUCCUAAACAUAAGAGGCACCUGGUGUAAUCGUCUUUGAAAUAAACAUUACCAUCAUCACACCCGGGAUCUUUCAUUCGCUCCUCAGCACUGUCACACCGCCAAGCAGGGGAGUAUAAUCUGCCAGCCUCCAUUGUAACUACAGUCGGUUCAGGCCCUACCAUGUCCACGUGUAGACAGUGCAGGAAUAAGAGGUGUCUUAAAGGAGGUGUCUCGUCACGCAGCUGAUGACUUAAGAAAGGCAAGAAAACUACGGCGACAUCAGGCGUACACCAGGAUGGCGGUUGUGUCAUGGUGUAAUAAAGCCGAAGCAGGAUUUGCACUGAUACGGCUGACGGCGGUUUCCAGGUUGUGCCCGUCGCGGGCAAACCAGUAACCAGAAUUUAUUCGACGUCAAACCUGUGCUCCUAACACAUAUCAAAGGAGAGAGCGGAAGUUGUAGUGUUCCAAUACCCGGCUCCAGGUGUGACGCAGACAUUGGAGGAGGGCACGGCUUUUGUCAAGAAAGCUGACAAGAUGACCGCCAUCUGCGCCUCGAACUGUGCGUUUUAUGGAGGUUCCUGCAAGAAAGAGACCGAUAACCACCAACCAAAAGGGAUUUUUUUGAAUGUUUGUUCCCAGCUGUUGUAUGUUAUGUGUAUUAAGACGACAUCACUCAUCUGAUCUGACAACCUCCCCACCAUGGUCCUUGUCCUCGUGUCUUAUUUUGUGCUGUCAUCGGCCAUUUUGACUGCCCCCCACCCCCUCCCCCUCCCCGCUUCAUCAUCCUAUCACUUCUUGCUGUCAAAGAUUCUGGAGUGGAGCACAUUAUUGGCGACACACGGCUGCAAAAGAAAAAAACUGCGGGGCCACGGGGGCCACAUUCCAAGAAGUCAGCUGACCACUAAACCACCACAUUUCGCUGCCCUCACGAUCCUUCCCCCCGCUGUAAAUACAAAGUGUUUGACUGUCAGAGUACGGACAAUGCCUCAUUUUAUGGUGUGUGUAUAUAUAUAUGUGUAUACAUAUGCAUAUAUAUAAUAUAUGAAGACUGUAAAUGUUUAACCCCGCAGCUGCCGGAAAGGCCUGCAAACGUUGCGCCUCGGCCGGCCCCGCCGGCAGCUUAGGGGUUAAAGCUAGUGUUCUUUUUAGUAAAUUUGCUUCACACUGAAGACUGUGUGUACCGAGCUUUCUAAAAGAUGUUUAUUUUCUUUAAGAGUAAAAGAGGCUAUUGGGAAUGUCAAUAAAAUCUACAAUGAACCGUU